CCACAGUCCACAAUUCAGCUCAGUUCUUCUCCGGUCACUAAUCGAGUCGCGUCGAGCGAACGGCUGAGCCGAGCCGUACCGCACACCUAGGAGGAAGCUCUUCAUAUAAUUGUCAAGGUCAUCCGGGAAAGGUGGCGGCUCGGUCUAAUAAAGUGUAGUGAUUCGAUUUUUCUAUUGUUAGUUCGGCAAUCAUGGAUCGCGUUCGUGAAGCUGAAGAAGGACUACUGCAGAAUGGUGCUGAAUCGAAAAACCCGACAAAACAGACGUCAAGACGUGAAGAAUUGAACAAACUAAAGGACAGUUUUUUCGAAAAACAGAAAAAGAUAUUCGAAGCGUUCCACAGCAUCGUGUUGCCUCCCAUCAUAUGGGUCACCCUUGCCGACAUACACGCAUCCAUCAAGAAUGGUACCUUCGAAACAUUGCUGCAGUUGUUGAAACAUUUUACACGUGCCAACAUUCCAACGCAAAGUUCGGAGUCAUCCAAUUCCAUUGUGGGGCGGCUCAACGAUUACUUGCGACGGGAAUCAAACAGGACGGACACCGUGGCGGAUACACUACUCAAUCUCAUUGACGAUCUUCGCAAGCUAGCAUCGACCUUCUCGAAGAAACACAACAAAGAUAAGUCAACUGAGCUGAUCGAACUCAGAAGUAAAUUUUUAAAAUUCAUCGAUGCAUCUGGAACUAUGCUCGGAUUGGGUGUCAAUGACCCUGGUGAAUCUAGCACUGAACAAUGCUAUCAAACGGCAAAAGACUUGAUCGAAAGUUCCGGAGGGCAACUCGAUGAGUGGUGUAUCCAACCAGACAUAGCUGAAUUACACAAACUUUUCGAAGAACUGAACAUCAAGGCUGAUUCGCGUACGAUUGCUGAGCCGAAAACGUUGCUUCAAACUGCCAAAACGCACGGAUCGCUCACCAUCAUGCUGAAAAGGUCUGACAUCUUCGGGCCGUUUCUGGAAACUAUACUGACACGGUUCAAUGCGAUCAACGAGCGCUUCCAACCUGAUCUGGACAAUCCCCUUCAUUACGCGACUCGAAACUUCGACGACAAUUUCUUCCAGUGGCUUCAGAACCAGGGCUCGUUGGAUAUCAACAACAGAAACAAGGCGCAGAAGACUGCAUUGUUUAUGCUGUGUGAACAGUAUACUUCAGUGAGGCAAAAGUUUGUAAAAUGCAGAACGGUCCCCGAACGGAACGAACACCAUGAAAGACUACUAACCUACCGUAAAUUCAUUGAGAAGCUUCUUUCGUCCGGAGCGGACUUCAAUAUCUGCAGCAGUAAAGCGCUUUUACCGUUCGAGUUUUUAGUGGAUCUCAAGGAGGAACUCGAUCCAUCUAAAAAGGCAAAAACAGUUUCUUCCUGGUUAAAGCAAUUGCAAGCAGAUGAACAGAAGUUUUUGGAAACCUGUGAAAGAGUCACUCAACAUACUAUUCUUAAGAGGGUUGUUGUGAAGAAAGACAAAAAAUUUCCUACUGGAAAUUUUGGAACCAUAACGGUUGAGCUGCUGGAGGUUUUCUUGAGAUUUAAGGAACAAAUUUUGUUUAAAAACGAACUUGUAAACCUCGAGUUGAAAGAGGUUGACGAACCCAAGGUUAUCACAUUACUUUUGCAUCCAGCGGUCGAACUAAAUCUAGACAAGACCGUUGCGGAAAUUAUAAAGUGUUUCGGCGAACAACUAUUUGCAACAUCAGAGGAGCAUUCAUGUGAACUUAAGUAUCGUAUUGAGCUGAAAGGUCUGCUACGGAAGGCAUGCGAGAGUGCGAACAAAGACACCCUCGCGCUGUUAGUGAACAAAAUGGACAAAGACAGGCAGCUCAUCAACGAUGAAAGUCUGCUGGUCAACACGUUGAAUCGCAUUAAGAAUCUGUCCGACGACAAUGCCGACAAAGCCAAACUUCUGGCGUGUGUCCAAUGGAUGGCUGCCGAUGGAAGAAUCUACCAGUCCCGAGGAGAUUCCAAUGGCAACACUGCUCUGCAUAUAGCCUUGAAGUCCGGGCUCGUAGAUGUGGCCAAAUUGCUGCUUUCGAAGUCCAAGUUUCUAUAUCUGGGAGUUCAGAAUAACAAGGGUGAAACGCCUAUGGCUUAUGCGUCUUAUGAUUUUUACAAAAACUACCUUGAUAGUUGUGUCAAUACUACUUCGACUUCAGGCACAGCGGUAACUGUUCCGAUUGACCUGGAAGGAAUCAAUCCAUUUUGGUUCAAAAAGACUAAAGAAAAAGAGGAUUUGAUGUUUCCUAAAACUGGGUCAAUAGAUUAUAAAGGAAAAAAGAAAUUCUCUUCGAUGGAUUGCAUCAAGGUCAUUGCGGAAUCUAAGGAGCAUAACCCUCUUCUAUACCACCCAGUUAUCUACACGUAUGUCCUAAUCGAAUGGAUUAGGUACAGUAAAUGGCAUGUCACAAAUUUAGUACUUACCUUGAUAACUGUCAUUGCAUUUGGCUACUUUUCAAUUGACUAUAUUUGCAAUGGAAACUUUUCUCUGCUUCCUUACGUUACCAGUUGGUUUGGUGUUGCUUACCUCUUCGUAAGAGAACUGCUACAGUGGGUAGUGUUUGGCAAACAAUACUUCUGGAGCUUUCAGAAUUAUUUGGACAUCUCAAACAUUCUGGGAAUGAUUGUCGUGUUGACAUUAAAUGGUCGAUCGGUAAUCACAGCGCUUUCUAUGAUAAUUCUUGCCCUUCAAGUCAUACAGCUAAUUGGUUCACUGCCUUUCAAUACGAUCUCCACGUAUCGAACCAUGUGCCGAAUAGUGGCUCUAAACGUGAUCAAAAGUUUGGCGCUUUUCUGUCCUCUGUUGAUUGCAUUUGCCUUCAGCUUCUAUGUGUUCUACAAUGAUCCACAAUCAUUCAACAAAACUACAACUAAUGAAGCAGACAAUCCGGAAUUCAAUAAAUUUGGAUCAGUUUAUGGUGCCGGUGUCAAAAUUUUGGUCAUGGCCACUGGAGAGUUCGAGGCUGCCGAAAUGAGGAUCGACGGUGGAAUGAUCAUCGUUUUCCUGCUAUUUCUGUUUUGCGUCCCAAUGGUCAUUCAGAACUUGAUCAACGGUUUGGCAAUUAGCGACAUUGUCGAAAUUCGCAACCAAUCCGAAUCGAUCAGUCUCACAGAAAAAGUACAACUUCUUGCUCAGUUUGAAGCGGGAGUGUCUCGUAAAGCCUGUAAACCUCUUAAGGCGAUCCUUCUUCAGCUACAAAAGCGAUCGCCGUUACUUUUCUUCGAGUGUUUCUCCAGCAAAGUAACUAUUUCUGUGAAAGACCAAGCCAUAAUUAAGGUUAAGCCUAUACAUCCAAUAACAGCAAAACAUCGAAGCUUUGCUGACUCAAAUAAAAAAUCUGCUUUGCAACGCCACGACGCUAAGAAUAACAUGGAGAUGGCACCUCCGCAAAGUGUCUCCGACGUGGACGCUAAUUUCGAGAAGAACAAACCGACCAGAGACGGCUGGCAAAGCAUUCCGAGGAUUCCUGGUCUGCCCACUUUCGUGGCAACGCUCGAAGAAACCAUACUGAAAGAGUUGCUUGCCAUCCAUGAUCGGAACAUUGCUAGCAAUCAGCAAAAACCGUUGCAAAAACAGCCCAAACACAAAUCUGAAACGGCAACCAAGCAAAAAGAUGAACAAGUGAAUCCUUCAACAGCUAAUGAUGCUGCCGUGAAUCCUACCUCGUCGAGCAAACAACCGGAAACUGAGGUUGAAACCCCUUCAACGACCCAGUAAAUGGCGCCAAAAUCGUCAAACGAUACUUCAGCAUAAGAAAGGGACGUUUCUCCACUAAUUUUGGAAUUAUGUUUAGAUAAAUUGUUUGCUUUAGGUGUAAUCGGUAGGAAUCUUUAUGUCAAUGUUACUACAUCUUUAAAAACUUUCAGGAAAAUAAAACAGGACGUAUUUAUCACUAGGGGUAGGCGGGGCAAUAUGGACACCCUAAGGUUUUUUCUAACUUUACCUGGCAAGAUGUCAAAAAAGUUUAGUGUUUUUAUACAUGAAUCCUUUUAAAGUCUAUUUAGCAUCUAUUGCAUAAGAAUGCUCACGAAGAAAAAUUAUUUAUCCACUUCAAAAAAUGUUUUAAAAAAUGUUAGCUUUUCAUGACCGUCUUCAAGCAUACGGGGCAGAAUGGACACCCCCAUGGGGCAAUAUGGACACCAUGAGACUUUUACGAAUUUCGUACAUUAUUUACACCUAUAAAGUCAUUUCAUUACAAAACAAUUAUUAUGGAUGAAUAAUACGCCGAAGUAGUUCAUUUUUGUUCAGUUAAUUUAAAUUCAGGCUGUUUUGGAUGAAGCUUCGUUUUUGUCGGCAUGUACAGCUGUGCCUAGAACAACUAUUUUCCACUGUUGUCGUUUUUUGACCAAUUUGUUUCACCCUAUGUCUACUAUAGUGAACAUUUAACCGAAAACAUACUGAAGUCGAAGAAUUUGGUUGGUUUGUGAUUUAGGUUAUAUUUUUCCCUUGCCGCUUCUUUCAAAAAGGUGAGUGUCCAUUUUGCCCCGGCAGCAGAGGAUAUUUCCAAACUUGAUUUUUGAUAUAAUAAAGAAGAAAAUAUAAACAUGUUAAGCAUGUAGAUACUGCAAAACUACUUGCAUGUGUUCUAGAAAUAUCAGGUUUAAAUCGACCUGCAAUAAAUUAAUCACUAAAUCUUAUUUUAGAUGGUGUGAAAAUUAUAAUUUCCAUGCACAAAAAAACGGAGAACGCAACUUUUUCGUGUAAAAUCAAGUAUAAUUUUAAUUUCGAAUGUUUCUUUCCUGAAACUACGUUUUAGACAAAUGAACUAUAUUCUCUAUUCAUUAAAAGUUCAAAAAAGUUCGCAUAUUUCAAAAUAUUGAGGGUGUCCAUUCUGCCCCGGGUGUCCAUAAUGCCCCGCCUACCCCUAUGACUGGUAAUCAUAACAUCUAUAGAAAAGUGCAUUUAAGAUAUUUUUUAAAUUACCUUAUUAUGAACUUCAACAUCUAGCAACUCGUCCUAGUCGGUAAAAAAAUGUCUAUUUGAAGGACUAUUUGAAAAGGUAAAACUGAAGAUGGUUAAGGUAUGCAACUAUCGCAUUUUAUAAGUCAGAAGUAACAACAGUACCAAGCAAUGGAAUCACACUAAAAAUAAUGUUGGUAAUGGCCUUCCGUCUUCCGUUCAAAUGUUAACGCAUUCAAAAUGCAAUUGUCAUAGCUAUUCUGUAUUUUUUACGAGAUUGUAACAAUUAAUUUUAUGCAGGAACAAAUAUAUCUGUAAUAUAAUUUUA